AGCUCGAAUCACUUUCCAGAUGUCACGUUACCCACCUUAGAAAGGGUAGAUUCCCAAGAGUGUAUCAAUUCCGCCCAGGGUAGCACAUAUCUUCAUCUAUCUGAAAAAAUAUUUCAUUUUCAACAUCAAGCCGUCUUAUAUUUAAAGAGUAGCUACUCAACUAACUAUCAAUCAAUUGUCUUGUCCUUUUGUAAUUAUGUCUUCAGCAAUUCAAUUAUUGAAUCCUAAUGCAGAAUCAAUUAGAAGAGCUCAGGCUUUGAAGGUUAAUGCUUCUGCUGCCCAGGGCUUACAAGAUGUCCUAUCUUCAAAUUUAGGGCCAAAGGGCACUUUAAAAAUGUUGGUUGAUGGUGCAGGAACCAUAAAACUAACUAAAGAUGGCAAAGUGUUAUUGUCCGAAAUGCAGAUUCAACAUCCUACUGCUGUCAUGAUUGCUCGUGCUGCAACUGCUCAAGAUGAAAUUACAGGUGAUGGCACCACUACAGUAGUCUUGCUAGUUGGUGAGUUAUUAAAACAAGCUGAAAGGUUUAUAAAUGAAGGUGUUCACCCCAGAAUUAUAACCGAUGGGUUUGAGAUUUCAAGAAAGGAAUCGUUGGAUUAUUUGAAUAAAUUAAAACGACAUUAUUCAGAUCUAGUUCUCAAUAGGGAACUAUUGUUACAAGUUGCAAGAUCUUCUUUAUCAACAAAAGUUAAUGAAGAGUUGUCAGAAAUUUUGACUCCAAUUGUUACUGAUGCGGUAUUAUCUGUGGAAAACUUGGAUUUGCAUAUGAUUGAAAUAAUGACGCAACAAAGGUAUUCAAGUAAAGAUACAAAAUUGAUCAGAGGAUUGGUAUUAGACCAUGGUGCAAGACAUCCUGAUAUGCCAAAACAUUUGGAAAAUUGUUUUAUUUUGAUUUUAAAUGUUUCUUUAGAAUAUGAGAAAACUGAAGUUAAUUCUAGUUUUUUUUAUUCAUCUGCAGAUCAAAGAGACAAAUUAGUUCAAAGUGAAAGAAGGUUUGUUGAUAAUAAAUUGAAAAAAAUUGUUGAUUUAAAAAAUGAAGUUUGCAGCAAUGAUGCUACCAAAUCUUUUGUAAUUAUAAAUCAAAAGGGAAUUGAUCCAAUGUCUCUUGAUGUUUUAGCUAAACAUAAUAUUUUAGCGUUAAGAAGAGCCAAAAGAAGAAAUAUGGAAAGAUUGCAGUUAAUUUGCGGUGGUGAAGCUCAAAAUUCUGUCGAUGACUUAUCCCUGGAAAUAUUGGGAUAUGCUGGUUUAGUCUAUGAAGAAACAAUUGGAGAGGAAAAAUUCACAUAUGUUACAAAAGUGAAAAAUCCUAAAUCAGUUUCGAUAUUAAUUAGAGGUGCGACACAACAUUCUUUAAAUCAAACAAAAGAUGCUAUUAGGGAUGGGUUGAGAGCUGUAUCAAAUGCAGUCAAAGAUAAAGUUGUGAUUCCUGGUGCAGGCUCAUUUUUUUUAGGGUGUUCAAAUCAUUUGAAUAAAAACAUCAAUAAACUUUGCAAAGGUAAGACUAAAACAGGUUUGAAAGCAUUUUCUGAAGCGCUAUUGGUCAUACCAAAGAUUUUAUCUGUAAAUGCUGGUUUUGAUGCAUUGGAUGUUUUAUCUGACUGUCAGGACGAGAUUGCAGAGAUUGAAGAAAACGAAGAAAAUGAAGAUGAUAGAAGAAUGGUUGGUAUUGAUUUAAACACAGGAGAACCAAUGGACCCUGAGAUUGAGGGUGUUUGGGACUCCUUUAGGGUCUUGAGAAAUGCUAUUACCAGUGCCACAGGAAUAGCCAGUAACUUACUAUUGUGUGAUGAGCUAUUAAAAGCUGGUAAAUCGGCGCUAAAAGAAGCUCCACUGGCUGGUGGUCCUCCUGGUGGUCCAGUUGGGCCCCAAUAAGCCAGUAUGGAAUGCGAUGAACAUUUGAGCAACUGCAGAUGUAGUAGGAAAGAUAAGUAAUCGACAUGCUCUUUAGUUUCUACCAGUAAUACCAGUAGUACCAGUAGUACCAGUAGUAGCAUCUGUUCCUGACCCAAAAGACACUUGCUGC